GGCUCAGCAAGUCCCAGGCUAGGCGGAAGCGGCUUUCUGGCCUGCGCUUUAUAGGCCUCUCUUGUGCUUCCUGUUUCCUCUUUUACCAAGAACCCGCCAAGAUGGGGCGCGUUCGCACCAAGACCGUGAAGAAGGCUGCCCGGGUCAUCAUUGAGAAGUACUACACGCGCCUGGGCAACGACUUCCACACCAACAAGCGCGUGUGCGAGGAGAUUGCCAUUAUUCCCAGCAAGAAGCUCCGCAACAAGAUCGCAGGCUAUGUCACACAUCUGAUGAAGCGGAUUCAGAGAGGACCAGUGAGGGGUAUCUCCAUCAAGCUGCAGGAGGAGGAGAGAGAGAGGAGAGACAACUACGUGCCUGAGGUCUCAGCCCUGGAUCAAGAGAUCAUUGAAGUAGAUCCUGACACUAAGGAGAUGCUGAAACUCUUGGACUUUGGCAGUCUGUCCAACCUGCAAGUCACUCAGCCUACAGUUGGGAUGAAUUUCAAAACACCACGUGGAGCUGUUUGAAUCUUUCUGCUAUGCUGUAAUAUUUUGAAUAAACCUCAGUCAACAAC